AUGAUCAGCCAAAAGACUAAGACAUUUAGAGGCAAUGCAAGAAGUAGCUCUUUUGAUGGUAGUGUGAAGAGGGUGAAGUCUUUCUUUUCAAAGAAGAAGAAAACUAGCUUUGAUCAGAGUGAUCCUGAAUUUCCUAGGCCAAUAUCAGGCGCUGGAUCAACUGAAAGGAAAUCCAUCAGAUCAGAGAUUGGAAAGACGGGUCCUGUCUGUAAAACUAGAAAGAAGGCUGCUGAGGUUGUAGAGUUAGUGGAACAGGAGGAGAUUGACCUUGAUGAGCAGAUUCGUAAAGAAAGAUGCUCCACUGAUUGUAUGUGGCUGACUUCAGAUAGUUCAUCUCCUUCGUAUUUUUUCGAAGAGUAUAGAUUAUCUACUUCAUUACAUCCUACGGUUGAUGAGUGGCUAAUUUCAUGGUUAUCGACAUUGGCAAACUCCUAUGUCCAUUUAGAUGGAGCAAGUUCUAUCUCCAACAAGUCUAGAAUAUUGCUAAAUCCUGAGGAGGAUGCAGCUUCGACUGUUGGGAGAACAGUGCCAGACUUGGAAAUGAUUUUGCAGGAGGAUUUGAAGGAAGAAAGGCGAUUUAGUUUGAUAUCGAAAUCGUGUAGGAGAAAAAUAGAUUUCUCUGUGAGUAGUUCUGAGAGUUCCAGCUCAACUUUUGAGCACUGCUGUGGGAACUUCACAAGCAGUACUGACAACUCGGCUACGCCUCGUAGCACCACCUUUGGCUCGCCUUCUUGUUCUUCUCGGACGUCGGAUUUGGACAGAAUGAGUUUUUCAGUCUCUUUACUAAGUCUUGAUGGCGAUGAUUCCAAGUGGGAUUCGGAUACGGAGUUGGAGUCGGAAAUUUUAAAAUCUACUUUUCCUAGUCCAUCCUGCUGGAGAAGAUGGAGUUCUGGGGUUUUACCAUCUAGUUCUAAUGUUUCCAUUCGUGGAAAAUUCAAGGACGGACAUUUGCAACAUGAUAUAUCCCUGGAGAAUAGUUCUUCAGAAGCUGAAGUUAUGAAAGAUUUCAAUACAGAUGGGCCUCUUUUCUGGCCUUUCGAUAAGAAACUGGAUUGGAAUUCUGAGGAAGUUUGGAAAUGUUUUGCCAUGUCUCCUCGCAAGGACAUGAUGGAACUGUCAAUUUAUCCUCAGGGGAUCUCUUCCGAAUCUGUCGGAGUGAAAAUCCAUGACAGGAAAAUGGAGUCGAAAGUGGGGUGUAGGAGAAGACUGGUCUUCAGCUCGGGUUCCGCAGCAUCAAAUAUUGUGGAGAAGAAACAAAGAGAGGACAAUAAUAGCAGCACCAAGAAGAUCAACUCCAAGCCAACAAGGCUGAAAAACUCUACCAAAGGUAAAGAUAGAAAAGUUUCUGCCCCAAAGGUGGAUUCUGAGAAUAGGAAUCUUUCCAAAGAUGAUUUUAUUGCAUCAAACAAGGAACAUCCAAUUGAGAUACUAUUGGGCCUCGGCGAGUUUGAUGGGCAUGAGGGAGUUGAUUCAGAAGUCAAUGAAGGUUUUUUCUCCCUGGAUGACUCUCCUUGA